AUGAGCACCGCGGCAACCACCUUCGGCUCCCCCAACCUCGCACCAGCGUCCCACUCCUUCCCCUCCUGCCGCCUCCUCUCUCAUGGCUUCACCGUCGCUGCAAACCGUCGGGUCUCCCACGCGUCCGCCCGGGCCUCCCCUGCGGCGCCGCGCCGGCGGCCCGAGUACGUCCCCAGCCGCAUCGACGACCCCAACUACAUCCGCAUCUUCGACACCACGCUCCGCGACGGCGAGCAGUCCCCGGGGGCCACCAUGACCAGCGCCGAGAAGCUCGUCGUCGCGCGCCAGCUCGCGCUCCUCGGCGUCGACGUCAUCGACGCGGGCUUCCCGGCCUCCUCACCGGACGACUUCCGCGCCGUGCGCUCCAUCGCCAUCGAGGUUGGGAACACGCCCGUCGGCGGCCACAUCCCCGUGAUCGGCGGCCUCGCCCGGUGCAACAAGAGGGACAUCGAUGCUGCGUGGGAUGCCGUGAAGCACGCCCGGCGCCCCCGCAUCAACACCUUCAUCGCCACGAGCGAGAUCCACAUGCAGCACAAGCUGCGGAAGACGCCCGAGCAGGUGGUGGCCAUCGCCAGGGAGAUGGUGGCCUACGCGCGCGCUCUUGGAUGCCCCGAUGUAGAGUUCUGCCCCGAAGACUCCGGCAGGUCAAAUAAAGAGUUCCUUUAUCAUAUUCUAGAGGAAGUCAUACAAGCUGGAGCAACAACCAUCACCAUUGCGGAUACUGUUGGGUCUAAUCUUCCUGUUGAAUACGGCAAAUUAAUUGCUGACAUAAAAGCUAAUACUCCUGGGAUUGAUAAUGCCAUUAUUUCUACUCAUUGCCAUAAUGACCUUGGCCUUGCAACUGCCAACACAUUGGCGGGUGCAUAUGCGGGAGCACGGCAGUUAGAGGUUACUAUUAAUGGUAUCGGUGAAAGAGCUGGAAAUGCUGCGUUGGAGGAGGUUGUCAUGGCACUUAAAUGUCGCCCGGAACUCUUAGAUGGCAUGUAUACUGGAAUUAAUACCCACCAUAUUACUAUGACAAGCAAAAUGGUACAAGAGUACAGUGGACUUCACGUACAACCUCAUAAAGCUAUUGUUGGUGCCAAUGCCUUUGCUCAUGAAAGUGGAAUUCAUCAGGACGGGAUGCUUAAAUACAAAGGAACUUAUGAAAUAAUAUCACCUGAUGAUAUUGGUUUAACACGUGCCAACGACUCCGGUAUUGUUCUUGGGAAGCUGAGUGGAAGGCAUGCUGUUAGAUCUGUACUAGUGGAGCUUGGAUAUGAGAUCAGUGACAACGAAUUUGAGGAUUUUUUUAAACGCUACAAAGAGGUUGCGGAGAAGAAAAAGCGUAUAAAUGACAAAGACAUCAAAGCAUUACUAUAUGAUGAGAUAUUUAAGCCCAAGCUCAAUCCGAGUGUUGGAUCAAACAAUAUGCCAGGAGGUGCGUCUGGCCAUGUUCUUGGAAGUCUGGAGACGGCUCAUGGCACUUCGACCUCUCAACAACAGUAA